ACUGUCCUGAGAGUGUGGCAGUGUUGCCGGUUGGUAGAGAUGCGGCUAGCUGGCAAAGUAGCGCUGAUCACUGGAGCAGCCAGGGGCAUUGGCAAAGCCACUGCAGGCCUCUUCCUGAAAAACUCUGCCAAGGUCUGUGUACUUGAUAUAACCAAAGAUGAGUUGAAUGCAACCCAUACGCAACUGAGCUCUGGUCAUGGGAAGGAUAAUGUGACGUCAUUCAUCGCUGACGUCACGGAUGACAAAUCUAUGACAGAUGCGUUCAAACACACUCUUCAGAAAUUCGGAAAACUCAACGUGGUAAUAAAUAACGCAUCUAUUCUUAACGAGUCCAAGAUGGAAGCAAUGCUCAGUAUUAAUAUGGUGAGUUGCUAUACCUUGUAA